AAGAACAGAAUUGGCCAAUGGUUGUCAUACCUGGCGACACGGAAGUGGCGUAAAUUGUGAAUAUUCGUGUACUUCCUGUCUUCUGCUUUACUGGGGGUGCUGAUCGAGAAUUGGUUCUGUUUUGUAGAGCCAGGUUUGGCUUCAAUUGCAAGGCAACCCGCAAGUUCUUUGUGUCCUCUCAGACCAUCACCUCGUCGGUUCCUCAUGAAAGACGGGGAGUGUAACUUCUUCUGCUUCUUCCGUUGCUGCUGAGUGGUGUCGGGCUAGUCUGUGGAACCGUGUUCUCUGGGAGCUGUAGUUCCCCCGGUGACGCUGACGGCCGGAGAGCUGUCAGUCAGUCCCAGUGAGAGAGAGAGAGAGAGAGAGAGAGAGCGAGAGAGAGGGAGGCUCUGCCGGGGAAUGUCUGUGGACAUGAACAGCCAGGCCUCUGACAGCAAUGAGGAUGACUUCGGGGUCAACUCGGAGGAGGACGAGGAUGACGACGGGGGUGACGAUGAGGACCAGGGGGACAUAGUGGACUACUACGACGGUGUGGCCGGAGACAUGGAGCAGCAGGGGGCCGACUCGUUUGACCCAGAGGAGUACCAGUUCACCUGCCUCACCUACAGUGAGAUCCAGAAGGUGCUCUGCAAGGAGGUCAACAGUAUCGCCGCCAUCCUGAAGGUUUUACCUGCUGUAGCCAAACUGGUCCUUGUGCAUUUUCACUGGCAAGUGUCACAAAUACUGGACAGAUACAAGUCCAACUCAUCUCAGUUGCUGUCUGAGGCCCAGGUCCAGCCCAGCAGCACCUGCAGAUCAGUUCCUACUCCUCAGUCCCUCCAGUGUGGGGUGUGUCUGCAGCUGGUUCGGAGGGAUGCCCUGCUUGCGCUGCCCUGCCAGCACUCCUUCUGCAAAACAUGCUGGGAGCAGCAUUGCACUGUACUCGUCAAAGAUGGGAUGGGAGUGGGGAUCUCCUGUAUGGCUCAGGAUUGUUCCCUCCAAAUGCCAGAGGACUUUGUGCUCCCGCUGCUGCCUGGUGAGGAGCUGAAGGACAAAUAUAGACGCUACCUCUUCAGGGACUAUGUGGAGAGCCACUUCCAGCUGCAGCUGUGUCCAGGGGCAGACUGUCCCAUCGUCAUCCAAGUGCAGGAGCCACGGGCCCGCAGAGUACAGUGCAUCCGCUGCAAUGAGGUCUUCUGUUUCAAAUGCCGGAUCAUGUACCACGCCCCAACAGACUGCCCAACCAUUCGAAGGUGGCUAACUAAAUGUGCAGACGAUUCAGAGACCGCCAACUACAUCAGUGCACACACUAAAGAUUGUCCUAAGUGCAAUAUCUGCAUUGAGAAGAAUGGAGGCUGCAAUCACAUGCAAUGCUCCAAGUGCAAACACGACUUCUGCUGGAUGUGUCUGGGGGACUGGAAGACCCAUGGCAGUGAGUACUAUGAGUGCAGUCGCUACAAGGAGAACCCAGACAUCGUCAACCAGAGCCAGCAGGCACAGGCCAGAGAGGCCCUCAAGAAAUAUCUCUUCUACUUUGAGAGGUGGGAGAACCACAAUAAAAGUCUCCAGCUGGAGGCUCAGACGUACCAGCGGAUCCAGGAGAAGAUCCAAGAGCGGGUGAUGAACAACCUGGGCACCUGGAUAGACUGGCAGUACCUGCAGAACGCUGCCAAGCUGCUGGCCAAGUGUCGCUACACACUGCAGUAUACUUACCCCUACGCCUACUACAUGGAGUCUGGUCCUCGUAAAAAACUGAAUGUUCGUUGCUGUGGGAGAUCGUGCUGUCACAAUGCAUAUGAUUUUGAGUACCAGCAGGCCCAGCUUGAGGCAGAGAUUGAGAACCUGUCUUGGAAGGUGGAGCGAGCAGACACCUACGAGAGAGGGAGUGAGGGGGAGCUGAGCGCCAAUGACCGAGGGGAUCUGGAGAAUCAGAUGCACAUUGCUGAGCAGAGGAGACGCACGCUGCUGAAGGAUUUUCACGACACCUGAAGUUACCAUCCUACUGCAAAGCACCAACAGCUCCCUCCUUCAUCCCUCCCUCAUUAAGUGCUCUAUUUGUCUGCUACAGGGUCUCAGAAUGGCACAGCCCCCCCAUUUAGAUCUGUCAACAACGCCACAUUCUUACACACUACACCAUGAAAUGAGAAAGCAUGCGCAUGCUCGCGCACUCACACAUACACACAAACACUCUUCAGAAAAUAAAACAAAUUCUUAAUUUUCCUCUCACGUGGUCCCACCAUCCUUCUACUUUUCUUUCUUCUCACAUUGUUCACCUUUUUCUGGAAAUGGCUGUUGAUAGUUAGAUUGUUUAAGAAACGGAAAAUUUUAAAAAUGCUGUAAUUUUCCAUGGUUGUACAUUAAUACAGAAAUAGUUACUGAGUUUUUUAAAACAAA